AUGAGAAGGCCCCUGUUUCUACGCAUUGUCGAUGCCCUCAGUGAGUGGAAUCCAUUUUUCACCUUAAGAUUUGAUGCUACUAAUCGUCCUGGCCUAUCGCCAAUCCAAAAAUGCACUGCUGCUAUAAGGCAGCUAGCAAAUGGGAGCCCAGCAGACCAGCUUGAUGAGUAUAUUAAGAUUGGUGAAAGUACCGCAGUAGAGUGUUUGAAGUUAUUUGUGAAGGGAGUGAAAGAAAUAUUUGGGGCGCAAUAUUUGAGGCGGCCAACAGUACAAGAUGUUGAACGCUUAAUGGAGAUUGGUGAGCGUCGUGGGUUCCCUGGCAUGCUAGGCAGCAUUGACUGUAUGCAUUGGCAUUGGGAAAAAUGUCCUUAUGCGUGGAAGGGUAUGUAUACCCGCGGUGAUCAUGGUGUGCCUACAGUCAUUCUAGAGGCAGUAGCUUCGCACGAUCGUUGGAUAUGGCACGCCUUCUUUGGUGUUGCUGGAUCGAACAAUGAUAUCAACGUUCUUAACCAAUCACAUUUGUUUGUCGAGCAGCUGAGAGGAGAAGCUCCUCAGGUGCAGUAUUCUAUCAACGGAAGACAAUAUAAUAUUGGUUAUUACCUAGCAGACGGCAUAUAUCCUGAGUGGCCUGUUUUUGUUAAGUCUAUACGUCAGCCACAAUCUGAGGAACAUAAACUUUUUGCUGAGAAGCAAGAAGGGACAAGGAAGGAUGUUGAAUGCGCCUUUAGCAUUUUACAGUCUCGCUUUUGUAUUUUACGUCGACCAGCACGUCUCUACGAGCAAGGAGAUCUUCAGGAUAUCAUGCUUGCUUGUAUAAUUCUCCACAACAUGAUAAUUGAAGAUGAGAAAGAUAUAGAGCAGGUUCCACUUGAUUUGAAUGAGGAAGGCAGCACAUAUACUGUUCAAGAAGCUAUAAUAACUCAUGGAGAAAACCCAGAGAUGGAAGAUGUAAUUAAUAGAAAUACCGCCUUACAUGAUCGCCAAGCAUAUAGACAACUUCAAUCUGAUUUGAUUGAUCAUAUUUGGCAAAAGUUUGAGAAUUCAUAUAGGCAAAAUAAUUAG